GGCAGCUAUUACUGUGAGUGUUUGUGCUGUGUCUGUGUGCAGCAGUGAGUGCAGUGGUUUGUCAGAGGCAGGAACCGACAAGCAGCCAUGGAUGACGUAUAUAAAGCAGCGGUUGAGAACUUGACAGAGGAACAGAAAAAUGAGUUCAAGGCUGCAUUUGACAUCUUUAUCCAGGAUGCAGAGGAUGGCUGCAUCAGCACCAAAGAGUUAGGAAAAGUAAUGAGGAUGCUGGGACAGAAUCCUACCCCAGAAGAGCUACAGGAGAUGAUCGAUGAAGUGGAUGAGGAUGGCAGUGGCACAGUCGAUUUUGAUGAAUUCUUGGUUAUGAUGGUUCGCUGCAUGAAGGAGGAGAGCAAAGGAAAAUCAGAGGAGGAGUUGGCUGAACUGUUUCGCAUGUUUGACAAGAAUGGAGAUGGCUACAUAGACUUAGAAGAGCUGAAGACCAUGUUGGCGUCCACUGGAGAGGCCAUAACUGAAGAUGACAUUGAAGAGCUGAUGAAGGAUGGUGACAAAAACAAUGAUGGAAAAAUUGAUUAUGAUGAGUUCCUUGAAUUCAUGAAAGGUGUUGAAUAAAGGAUUCAGAUGGAGGCCUCACUGCAGCAUCAUCUAGGGCGAUUCCUGAAGAUAUGCCUCCAUCUUUAGUCUGCAUUUAACAAUACAACCACACCUGUCCUCAGCGGAUGCCUGUC